AUGCAAUCUAUUGUAAGCAGUGCUGCCAGUAGAGUUGCCAAAUACACGUUUGGUGUCAUCAAACGUGAGAUUGGGUACAUAAUAUAUGUUGCCAGCAAUGUCCAGGAUCUGAAGGAGCAAGUUGGAAAGCUAGAAGAUGCUCGAGGUAGAGUGCAGCAUUCCGUCGAUAGGGCCAUAAGGAAUGCGGAGAAGAAUGAAGCGGAUGUCCUCAAAUGGUUGGCCAACGUUAAUAAGAAGUUGACUGAAAACGUUGAGGAGAAAUUGAAGGAAGAUGAGGAGAAAGAAAAGAAGAAAUGUUUCUUUGCGCUGUGUCCCAAUGUCAAGUCUCGCUACCAAGUCAGCAAGAAAGCGGUAGAAGAGGCGCAGGCUAUCAGUGAACUCCUGGAACAAGGGAAAUUCGACAAAGUUUCUUAUUCUCCUGCUAUGGAGGGGAUAAUAACCAAAGGUUACAAGGCCUUUGAAUUGAGAACAAAAGCCUUAGAGGGAAUUAUGGAGGCCUUAAAUGAAUCAAAUGCUCGGAUUGUUGGAAUUCACGGGAUGGCCGGCGUAGGCAAGACCACACUUGCCAAAGAAGUUGCUGCCAGAGUAAAGAGGAGCACUCGUUCAACGAAGUUGCAAUGGCUGUUGUCACUCAUAAUCCAGACAUCAGAAAAAAUCAAGGAGAAAUUGCUGACAUUUUUGGAUGACCUAUGGCAGAAACUUGACCUUGAAGAGGUUGGUAUCUCAUUUGAGGAUGAAGCUGCUAAAAGAUCUUCCAUUGCAGGAUGCAAAAUAUUGCUGACUUCCAGAAGCCUCAAUGUGCUUCGCCUCACGCAUGCUGAGAAGAGUUUCAAAGUCGAAAUUUUAUCCCAAGGAGAAUCUAUGAUUCUUUUUUCAAAAACAGUGGGCGACAUAUCCGGCAACUAUGAACGUAUAGAAAAUGAAUUUAAGGAAAAAUGUGAAGGGUUGCCUGUCGCUAUCUUAGCAAUUGCAAACACUUUGAAAGACAUGGACCUGAGAUUUUGGGAGGAUGCCUUACUGCAGCUCCGGGGAUCAAAUUCAUCAAACCUAGAGGGGAUGCAAGACAAUGUAUAUUAUACCAUUGCGUUGAGUUACAAAUGGCUGAGAAAUGACGAAGCAAAAUCUUUGUUCUUUAUAUGCGGCCUGCAUCCUCAGAGUUUCGAUAUCCCUUUCUUUGAUUUGCUGCAAUAUUGCUUUGGGCUAGAUCUUUUGGAGGGCACCAAAGGAAAUCGUCUGAAGGAAUUGUUGAGGAAGGAGAAUCUCAAAGGUUGCAGUGCUAUCUCGUUGCCACACAGCAUGGAUAAGCUGAAGAUCCAUCUUUCCGAGUCUCAGACACUUUUUCAAAGACAUGGAUAA